GUGUUGUGUUCCUCUGUACGUCUGUCUGUCUUGCUGUCAGUUCUUUCCCUGCUGCUCCUGGCUGGCUGUUAGAAAAGCUAAGAGCCAUGGGGGCAAUAACAGUGUAUAUUAUGCUGGACAGGUUGCAGGUGGCUAGUCUGUCGGCCCUCUCCCCCUCUCGCCCUCCCAAUAAAGUAGCUAUCACACAGCUUGACCCGAAUGCAAAUAUUCGAGCUGCCAUUAAGGCGUUCGUCCGUGACCAUUUGUACAUAGCCGAAGAUAUCCAGCGUCUGACUGCUCCUCUGUUCUCAAAGGUGAGUGAUGGAGAGUGUAUCGAGGACGUGUACAGCCGCUACGCGUGCCACGUGGAUCUCGACGUGACGAAUCUGCACCUGGACGAAGACACGUUCUGCGUGUACGGCCUCGAGGGUUCCCAGACUGUGACCUUGUCAGAUUCUGACAGCCUGCACGACCGGCAUAUCCUGGACAAGUCGACGCUCUACCUGCAUGCACUUCCUCGGAGCCUUCCUCCUCAAGGGGGGCGCAUCUACGUGGAGACCAAAGAAGGCGUGCUUCCGCUGACCGGCAUUCGCCCCACAACGACAGUCCGAGCUGUGAAAGAGCUCCUGUCUAAGCUUACUCUGAUUCCUAUCUGUCGUCAGAUGCUGUAUUCGAUCGGAAGGGUGAUGCACGACGAGAUGAUGGUGCGGGAUUUCGAGGGGCUGCACGCUGUGCACGUAGAUAGCGUGCUUGACAUGUGUGUGUCGGGGGAUAGCAGCCGUGAGCAGACUCAUAAGCGGAUCGUUGUUAAGGUGCAGAGUGACCAGUCGUUUGGUGGGUGCAUUGAGUCCUCUGCUACGACAAGUACAAGCGGUAGUUGUACCUCCUCCUCCCCCUUCUCCUCCUCCUCCUCCUUCGCGGCAGCGGAGCCUCUUUUAGUGGUGUGCCAGGGACGAGAUACUGUGCGGGAGCUUAUGGCAGUCAUAGAGACGCGAGCGGGGAUUCCGAUGUCUGGGAAACGACUCCGAUUUGGGGGCAAACUUCUCGACAAGGAUAAAAGCUUGGCCGACUACUUCGUUCAGCAGGAGUGCAUGCUACACAUUGUCCCGUCAGGGAGCCCCUUCAAGCCGACCAGGCUGGCGCUGCCAGAGCCCAUCUAUGCAGAUGACUCGCCUGUAGGAAAGGUAGUGGCUGCAUCUCGUCGUGCAGGGGAAAGCGGAGGAGUGGGGGGAGAGGGAUCUGCCGGGGGGAGGGCGAGAAGUCCUGCUGCUGCGGGUGGAAUCUACGGGGCGGGCAGGGAAAGAGACGAGGAAGCGGAAGAUGGCGAAGAAGCAUUUGUCAUCAAGAAGACACCCCCUGCCGCUCGCAAGAUCAAAAUGAUGCGCACUAGCAAUGGUAAGAUUGUCGGGUCUAUCGUAAUACCAGUGCUUACUUCUGAUCGAGUCGGUGACGUAAAGCGAAAGAUACGCCGUCGAUUAAAGCCAUUGACGGAGAGGAUGUUCAACUCGGAUGGGGUGGCGAAUCUGUACGAGAGACUGGGUGACGUGGCUGCCGAUGUCGCACGUGGCAAGUCUUUCUCCUCUGUCGCAUCGUCACCACUGGACAGCUCAAUCGGUUUUGGUGGUCACAGUACCGCUAAGCCGUCGAGCAAUGGGGAAGCACCGGCGAUUUGCGCUCGUGCGUUGCGCGCAGCAUGGGGUUCAAGUGGCGGAGCCGGGUUGCCCCCGCGACCAGCGCACCUUUCUCCUCGCGCCGGGCCAGGGGCUUGUGGGUUGUCUUCGCCACGAUCGUUGGGAUUGCCUGCGCGGGUUUCCCCGAAGUCGUCGCCCAGGUCGUCGCCCAGGGUGUCGCCCAGGACAUCCCCCCGGUCGUCACCAGGUUCCUCCCCGGCCACCUCACCCAGACGAACGCGAAUGGCUGAUAAGACGUCCGCACCGAGGGGGCACCCGGCUGCAUCCACGGGGGCCGUAACAGCAGGGAGGGAGCCGUGGAGGGUUGGUGCCGCUGGUGGAGGGGGUGCUGGCGGGAGGUCCCCCUCUGCUGCUGGUUUGAAUUCCCCUACAUUGCCUCUGGAAUUGAGUAAGCUAAAAGUGGCCACAGGUGGGGCGACAUCUGUGAAUCGCUCGCCAUCAGGGAGGUCAGAGCAAGGAGGGGAUAACUUUCGGGCAGCGGCAGUCGCGUCCUGGUGGAAGCACAACGUGCAGAACUUGAGAGAGCAGGUGAAGAGGAUGGGUGACCGACUCUAGUAAACCAGUGACGAUGAUAGUGGUAGGACUGGAUGGGUAACUGGCUCUAGUACACAGCAGUGACGAGAAUAGUAAUAGGAGUUCAAUUAUGGUAGGUAGAUGACUGGCAAUUUCCACCUUAUCUGUAGAGGAGUUUUAAGAAGGAUGUGCACCCCUUGGCACCCAAAAGU